AUGUAUACUACAAAUUCAGUCCAACCGGUAGUCGACGUAUCUGUUAACAAUAUGAAUAAGAAUAGUUAUCGAAUAUUAACAUAUAAUUUAUGGUGUCAUCGAUUCGUAGGUGGACGAUAUUCAGCGCAAAGAUUAAAUACAUUUGCUACUUGGUUAAUGGAUGAUGCUACGCAGCUCUACGAUAUUAUAUGUUUACAGGAGGUAUUUGUAUGCAAUCCAUUUUUAUUAUUGAAUUAUGGUUCUCGACAGCGAACCAACUUAAUAGAAACAGUCAAAUCCAAAUAUCCAUAUAGCUAUACAGCGAAUACACCAUGGUUUGGCAUGCAAGAUAGUGGCUGCUUAAUUUUAUCUGCUCAUAAAAUAGAACCUUGUCAUCAAGAACCAUUCAAUGGUUACAGUUUAGCUGAAUUGGCGACUAAUAAAGGUUAUAUGUGUUGUAAAAUUACAAAAACAAAUAAAGAUCUAAUUGUUAUUAAUACUCAUUUGGAUGCAAAACCUUCACGUCGGAUUCGUACAAGACAACUUCAACAAAUUAAUGAUCAUAUCAGUACCUAUCAUGCUGAUCAUAAGGUUAUAUUAUGUGGAGAUUUAAAUAUACAAUAUGGUACUAAAGAAUACAAUGAUAUGCUAGGAUCUCUAUCGAUUAAUGGAUUAAGAGAUUCCACUCCCAAUGCUGCAGCGACUUAUGCCCGAUUAGUUCGUUUGGAUUAUAUUCUAACUAAUCAACAUUUUUCUACAACAAACUCAGCUGUAGUUUCUGCUGAUGAAAAGAAUCAAAACAAUCCUAUACUAAUGGUUUCAGAUCAUGAAGGCUUAGAAGCUACAUUGAACGUCAGCAGCCUUGAAUCUUCCAAUGCUCAAAUCACAAUUGUUCCACAAUCGAGGAAAGCAAGAGCAAGACAAAGAAAGUGGCUGGCUGUAUUUCUAAUUACAAUAUUGACUGCUAUUUGUUUUCAAUUCUUAUAUUAA